GGUGCCUGAGACAUGUACCUGUAGGCUAUCGGGAGCCGAAGCAGGUUGGAAGUAGCCGGUAAUAGCUUAUGUAGUACGUAGGUACCUACAUCCUCGUGUCCUCUCUUCCCCCCUCCCUCCCUCUCUCUCUCUCUCUCUUCCUCCCCCCGAAGAAAACGGCAACGUUGCCGAGAAUCCAACCUCGCCCGUCAACCCCAGGUCGCGUCGCCUCUCCGCAGCACCGCCGCCCAACUUGCCCGACUAUCUGAGGGAGACGAGCUCUUAGGCCAAUCUCCUCUUCUCCAGCCGGCCCAGUCUCCCCGAGCCAGCUACCCGCAUACAUACUACUACCUCACGUACUGGGGAAUGUAGGAAUGGUAGCGUCUGCAAGUAGUACUGGAUCUCCUCGCGCCGACUAUCGAAAACGAACGCUACUCCUCGUCCUCUCCGCCCCAGACUCGGGAGAUUUCGCCCAAUCGGAUCGUCGUCGUCAUGGCUAUCAUCGUCUCCCCCAUGACCGAGGCCGACAUUCCAGGCGCCGUAUCCGCAAUACAACAGGCCUUUGCCGACGACCCUUACAACAACUGGGUCUUCGACAAGUCCACGUUCAAUGCCCAGCGUAACGCGGUAUCCCUCGCCAUCCGAUGCCGAUGGGGCAUACGCAACGGCAUCUACCAUGUUGCUAAGGAGCAGGGUAGCGACGAGGUGCUCGGCGUUGCGUGUUGGUUGAAACCUCACAGGGCAGGCCAGCCGCAGGACUGGAACGAUUGGCUAGAAAGCUGGCGUCUGUGGAUCAACCAGGUCGGAAUGAACCUCUACUAUGGCCGGGGCGGCCUCAACGUCAAGCGUUACUACAUAUGGAAAGACGCCCAAGCCAAGGUGCAGUCUGCUGUCUGGACUGACCCGAGGGGCUACUAUUUCUUGAAUAUCAUGGUAGUUCGGCCCAAGGCGCAGGGCAAGGGGAUCGCGCGGCUCAUGAUGAAGGCCGUGACCGACCGAGCUGACGCCGAGGCGAUGAACUGCUACCUCGAAUCCAGCCGGGACAAGCCCAACAUGCAGAUAUACGGCCGUCUCGGCUUCCGGUUCGCACAAAAGCUCGAGUGCGACGAUAACGGAACGGCCAUCACGCUUUAUACCAUGGUCAGGGAGCCCAAUGCGGGCCCGCAGACAAAUUAAUCCCACACACAUACACACACACAGAGAGAGAGAGAGAGAUAGACAUAUAUAUGCGUGUGUGCAUAUAUUACACGCAAUAUAUACACGCGUGCGUACGUACACA